GUAAUAUGUUGAAUACCUUCCUCUUGGACAAAAGUUAAUAGUUUCUAGAUCUGAAAUCACCUUUCUUUUUGAACCAGAUUACUAACAAAUGCCAAUCUUCUAAAUAUGUUUCUUUGACAAAAGGCAUGUGUUUUUAGUGAAAUCAGAAUUAUUUCCUGGACCAGAGAAAAGACUCUAGAUAAUGAUCUAUUUGCUAGAUAUGGAAAUUUUCCUUUAAAGGAGUUAAGGAAUCUUUCUUUUUCUUGUUUGUGUCCAGAACAAUGGAAAUGUGGAUUGUGGAAACAACAAUUGUAUUCUGCAUUGAGUGAAAAAUCACAUUAGUAUUGUUGAAGACUAACUACUAUUGGCCACUUUUUCCUCUAGCUAAAUUACUUUUGGAAAUCCUUAUUAGUGACAUUUGCAUUUGCUACUAUUGGUCAACAUUUAGGGAACAAUUAUUUUAGAGAAAUAGAGGAAAACAAUGAAUUAAUCAAACUGUUUAGUUCAUAGUAUGAAUUGGGUAAUUCCCAAUACUGAAGGACCCAAUAGCAGAUUAUAUUUUUAAAUGGUCUAGUGGAUAUUUAGCCAUAUACUUUCAUAGUUAGAGUAAAACUAUGUGGUUAAGUGUAUUAGUUUAUUGGGGAAUACUCAAUUUGUUAGGGGAAAAACUGUGACUAAGUAUGUUUUAGAAAGUUUUACCUUGAAAAUAAUUUAGGAUCAUUUCAGGACUUCUGAAUGUGACAUGGUCAUUUUGGGCAAAGAGUGGUCAGUUGACAUUUUCAGUGUUAAGGAUUAUCAGAGCCACACAAUUUAAAUGGUGAAUAUGAUCUCCUUUUACUGUCUACUUAUAGUGAUGAUUAUUGCUAAAAUUUUAAAUGUUCAGAUACUGUUAUAAUUGGCUUUACAAUAGAUUGGCUCUGCAUUCCUGAAAUGAAAUGAGUAAAAUUCUUUUUCAAAUGUAGUAUGCAUAGAAAGAAGACUGGACUAAGAGGCAUCUAGUCCCUGUUGUGUUACAGAAUGACUUCAGGCAAGGAAAUGAAGGAUCAGAUGUCAAGUUCAUCAGUUCAGGCAUUAACUGAAAGAAAAAAUAGACAGGCACUGCUAGGAGAAAGUGGGGGUCAGAGUUGGAAUGCUGGGGCAGAUAAAUAUGGCCGCCUGGAUCGAGAACUGCAGCGAGCUAAUGCCCACUUCAUUGAGGAACAGCAGGCGCAGCAACAGUUGAUUGUGGAACAGCAGGAUGAGCAGUUAGAGCUGGUCUCUGGCAGCAUUGGGGUGCUGAAGAACAUGUCACAGCGCAUUGGUGGAGAGCUAGAGGAACAGGCAGUAAUGUUAGAUGACUUCUCUCAUGAGUUGGACAGCACACAGUCUCGGCUAGACAACGUGAUGAAGAAACUUGCAAAAGUUUCCCAUAUGACCAGCGAUCGUCGGCAGUGGUGUGCCAUCAUCGUUCUCUUUGGGAUCUUACUGGUAGUGCUCAUUCUCUUUCUGGUGCUGUGAUGGAAGAGGCUUUGAAUGCUGCUCAUUCCCCAUAAGAAAACGUGAGGGGAGACGGGAAAAGUCAGCACGGUUCAUGUUGCCAUCCUUUUUAUUUUGCUCCAAAGAACUCCUACCCCAGACUUUGAUUUUCUCUCUGAAUCAGAGCUCUUGGCAGCUGCUGCUGCAGGAUCUGCCUUACCAAGCCCUUGGAGGGGACGUGGAAGCCGGACUCCUGCCCAGGUCGGGUGGCUCCCAGCAGGGGCAUAUGGCUACUCCUGCUGUGUACACAGCCAGCUGCUGUCUGUCUUUGCUCCCUCGGAAGUGCAGGGAAUGGAUCAGCAAAUGUUGGCUAUGUUGCUUCUGCCAGGUCUUUCCUCCUUUUUCUUGGGGGAUCUUUUCUCUCUCCUAAGCUCUUUUCCCUUUAACAAAUGCCACUGUCUUAUCUAAAACAAACUGUUGUGUAAGUUGGGCUGCUGCAGGGUGUACUUCACCUCCACCUUUGCUGGUCAUUAAGGAAGGUAGAAGAACCUGGAACUAUGUCCAGUAAUAGUAAAUGCAUUGAGUCCUGGGCCGGGGGGGUCACUUCAUGUAGACUACACUAGAGAGAGAAAUGCUAGUUCCCUGCCAAGUCCUGUUUCAUUUGGUGGAAAUGGCACUCACUGACCACGUAGACACCAUUUGGGAUAAAACAGGUGGCGAGCCGUGCUCUGAGUGCUUCAGGGAAAGCGGAAGGCCGAACCACAGGCCCAGGCCGAACGUGCCCGGCAGCAGCUUUUGCCCCCUGUACUAACCUUAGCCUUCACCUAGUGGACACAUUCCAUGCCUGUAACGUGUACCCCUAAGUCUGUCACUGCAAAGCACUUCAUGGACUACUUGAAAAAGUUUGUAUAGACUGCCUAAUCAGGAGUUGUCUUGUUUUUACUCUAUACCGUUAAUUUUUAUUUAGGUUAGGUUUUUUUGUUUUAUAUUUUGUUGGGGAAGUGGGGCAGGGAAGAGAGGGAAUUUGCCGCUGUUUUAUUCAUUCCAAGGCUGAAAAUCAGCAAGCUAGACCUCUGCCCUGGACCAGACUUUUCUUACCUGUUUAUAAUUACGAGGAUAGCUGGGAGAUUUGGGUUAUUUGUUUGCUUAAGGAAGCAAUUGAUUUUUAUCACUCUUCCAUUUGAAUAACUGAGCCAAUUCCAAAUGAAACUGACAAAUGCUUUGUCAUACUUAGUUUAAGGUAAUUUUCAUGGAAACCCAGACUGCUGACUAACUAAACGUCAGGCUUCUUGAUUAUUCUUCAAAUGCCUCAAAUACAUGCACAUGUAAAUAGGAUAUUUUUAUAACCUUCCUUAAUGAAUAAACUAUUAAAGUAGCAGUUUGGGACUCUGGCUUCUCAAAGGCCACUCUAGGAAAGCAUGAGCCAAAGCAUUAGCCAAUGAGCUAAGUCACCUGACGUUGGCUCCCAUGGGAUGAAUGGUUUUGGCCACAGUAACUCAGGAAGUGGGAAGGAGAAGUCACAUGGAUGGAAUUACGGGGUCACUGAAGAAAAGGAAUGGUCCAAAAGAGGUGGACUGCAAAAGCCUGGAGAGGACCAAGCGUUGAAAUGGAAUUUCAACCUUACCUUGAUUGUCCUUGUCCUUUUGGGUAACUCCUCAGUAUUCACCAGUUUCAUCAACCAUAAUUAUGUAUUGGCCCAGGCUAAUUUUGAAUUGCAAUUUUUAAUACUGGAUAUUUGUAAUUCUUUUCAAAAAAGGAUGCCAUCCUUUUUUUUUUCUUCCCAGGAUCAUGGUAGAUAAGGAAACUUGACUCUGUGGAUACUAAAAAAUGAAUUUAUAAAAUAAAAGGGAUGGUUGAUAAUCUUUGUUUACACUCCUUACUUAGCUGACUUUUUAUAUAUUACAAAUGUCUGGCUACUCUUUAUUGGUUUUUUAAAUUAGCAAAAAAAUUCUGAUCCUCUUGAGUGGCUUCACUUAUAAUCCACUCAGUUUUAUAAGGUUCUAAGAAAAUCAGUUCUGUGUUGUCUUGGUAUGCACAAAUAUACACACACACAUCAUAUACAUACAUCAUUGAGACAAGGAAAGUCCUCAAAACAAUGAAAUAAAUCCUCAUUGGGUACAUUUGGUUAAAAUGUCUCCAAAAGAAGUAACUGACACAUUAGAGAAAUAUUAACCACUAGGUUUGCCUUGUAAGAGACAACCAGUGUCUUAAAAUAAGCAUGUAGUCAUUGCUACUGCUGGCUAUACCGCUAACUCGGGAUGUUCAGGUGCAUACAAAAUCACUGGAAUCACUCCUCAGUAAUGUUUCUCACUGCUGAGAAAUUUAAAAAAUGAAAAAAAAAAA